UGUAGACAAGGAAGUGAAAUUAUCUUGUUGCUUUUUACAAGUUAAGACUGGACUUUGCUUUUACUUCUAUUUUUCUGUAACACAAGGUGAAGCCGGCACGGCACAGACUCUUACAACAAAGAAGACGCAUCUCUUUUGUUCAGAUUGGAGUAGCUGAUGCUUCUUAACAGCAAAAAAAAAAAAAAAAAAAAAACCCAGCGGGAUCAGGAUUGAAGGACUUUGCUGAACUCUUUCUGCCUUUUCCACCUGUGUUGAGUUAAGGAAAUCUUUUCAUGGGGGAGAAUGGGUGCCAGGAAAGGGUGCCAGGAGGAGCUCAACUCCACAGGGACACUUUGAGUAGACCAGUACAGACCCUCAGAGUUAAGAUGGUACUUCUGGGAGGUUCUGGUGUGGGAAAGUCAAGUUUGGCACUGCGAUUUGGCAAGGAUGAGUUCAAGAGUACAUCACCUACUGUAGGCUGUGCCUACCUGACCCGGGUGGUGCAUCUGAGUGAUGUCACGCUUCGCUUUGAGAUAUGGGACACGGCAGGGCAAGAAAAAUACCACAGCGUCACCCCACUUUACUACAGAGGAGCCCACGCUGCACUCUUGGUCUACGAUAUCAGCAAAAGGGAAACUUUUAUCAGAGCUCAAGUGUGGCUCAAAGAGCUUGAGAAACAGUACAUCCCAGGAUCCACUGUCAUGUGGCUGGUUGGCAACAAGGGAGAUCUGGCUCACGAUAGGAAAGUCUCUGUGCAGGAAGGACAGGCUCUGGCCAGUGACAGGGGUUUAUCCUUUACAGAGACAUCAGCCCUGUCGGGAGAUCAAGUCAGCGAACUGCUGCUAACUAUAGCCCACAGAGUGUACGAGUGUAUCGGAGCACAGCAGGGAGGUCUGACCGAGUGGCGGGAGACACCACUUGUGGAUCUGCAUCAUAGGGACACAUUCACUCCUUUUGCAUCCUGCUGCAAAGUUGGACCCUAACCUCUGUGACUGUCAGUCCUACUUCUGCCUGUCUCGUUUCUCUUUUUGUCUGUGUCAGUUUAAGGCCUCAGGUAACACAUUAGUCAGCUGGUAUCAGUAUAUCAGAACAUUCCCAAAUGCAAUAAAAAGUUUACAGACUCAGAAUCUGUGGUCACCUGUCUUUGUGAUCCGUAAUCCUUCUAACCAGUGCACAACACUACACAGAAACGAUUUAGCUGAGGGUGCAUACUAUACCCUACAUGUGCUGUAGACCCUUCACCUCAAUGGGUUAAAGAUCAGCCUUCAGCAGGUUGUAAAUCCCCCUGAGCCUCUGUCCAUGCCAGAUGUUGAAGUGAUACUGGCUUCAUUCAGUGUCUUCAGCUUUUUUACUAUAUGCAUGUGAUCACACUUGAAGGGAGAUCCCCCAAGCAGAGUUCACCUGAGUGUGGUUAUCCAAAUUCCGUUUGUGUAACGGAAACACACUAGUUGGCGUUAAAAAAGUAUUUUGGAUGGAUUUCCACUGUGCAGAAAUAGGCUGCAUUCUACCUAACUGGAAUCAUUUUACUGAUAAAGAAGGAACUCUAAAACGUAUAAAAUAUAUUUUUACUUAGUGCCACCUUUUGUCUCAACAACUAUCCACUCACCUAAAGCUCAAAACUAACAUGUAUGUAACUGUAUCAUAUUUGUUUGACCAAACACCAACACAGAUGUAUAAUACUUGUGAUUUUAGAGGGGGUUAUGUGCUGGAACCAUUCCUUGGCAAACUGCAUGAAUUCUUCUGUAUGUGUUUCAUAGACCAGGAAGUGUUGCUGUUGCGUGUGGUUUUUAAAAAAAAAUAUGUGCUUGAAUUUCUUUUUUUCUGGCAUAAGGAUGUGGAGAUCUGCUGUGGAUAACGCUCAGUCUGCAUUACAACGACAAUCAUAAAUAACACAAAUAAAGUCCCUUUGCGUCAGUAACAUUAGGACUGAAAAGACUCUUGACUUUUGGCAAAAUAGUAAUUCUGUAUACAUUUGGCUUACUACUCACUUUUCUCCCCUGCAGCCACUUACUCUUUGCAUAAUAUUCUCUUGUUUUCUCCACACACACACACACACACACACACACACACACACACACACACACACACACACACACACACAGACACACAGACACACACACACACACACACACACACACACACACACACACACACGAACACACACACACACACACACACACACACAGCAGUUGCAGGAUGGCUCUAACGUUGGCUCUAGAUGUUUUACUGCUUAGUGAUUUAAAACGUUGCUGAGAUCUUAGAUGAUAAAUCUUCAUGGAAAAGGGGCUUUAUUGUGCUGAUUGAAACCAAGCUUCUGUAGGGCCAGGGGGUUGGGGGGCUGCUGGUACUUGUUUGGUUUGAAUGCCUCACCGAAAUGAAGAAAAACCUCACGCUGAGAAGAUGAAAUGCUGCAAAAGUAAAAUAGGGCUGAUUUGGUUGUCAUCAUGUGUAUAUAAAUCUUGAGGACAAAAAAACAACCCUAUGUUCUGCAGUUGAUUUUGCAGAUGUUGUGUAAACCCCUUGAA